UUAUUGUUAGUUCAUUGUGCAGAAGUGAAAUGGUGGAAAUGGGCCGAAUGUCUAUACUACCAUUCUUGCAGCAAAUUUUGCAAGAACUGCAUGGAAGAGUGGUAGAGUUCAAUCCCUCUCUUUUCUCUCUUUUUGUCCUGUUAUUUCUUCUCUUUUGGCAUAAGUUUACAGGAGGUGGCAAACACAAGAAGUCACCUCCUUCCCCACCAAAGCUACCCAUAAUCGGCAACCUUCACCAGCAAGGCAAACUCCCCCAUCGUUCUUUCCAUGCUCUCUCAAAGAAGUACGGGCCUCUAAUGUUCUUGCAAAUGGGCCACACUAAGACUCUCGUUGUUUCAUCUGCUGAGGCAGCCAGAGAAAUGAUGAAAGCCCAUGAUAUUAUAUUCUCAAACCGACCUAGAACCACAGCUGCAAAUAUCUUCCUCUAUGGAUGCUUGGACAUCGGAUUCGCUCCCUAUGGAGAGUACUGGAGACAAGUUAAGAAGCUUGGUGUUAUUGAACUUCUAAGCCUUAGAAGGGUUCAGUCGUUUCAGUUCGUAAGGGAAGAAGAAGUCGCAAUUUUGUUGAAUAAGCUUCGUGGUGCAUGUGUUGCAGGAGCAACCGUUAAUCUUAGCGAGAUGUUGCUUUCUGUUUCAAACAACAUAGCUUCCAGAUGUGUUAUUGGGAGGAGGGCUGAUGAUGAGGCAUUUGGUAAGAGUAAGUUUGGAGAGUUGUCGAGAAGGAUAAUGGUGCAAUUUACUGAUUUUAGUUUUGGGGACACGUUUCCAUUGUUGGGAUGGAUGGAUUAUCUUACGGGUUUAAUUCCUCGGUUGAAAUUAUCUUUCAGAGAGAUGGAUGCUUUUCUUGAUCAGGUGAUUGAAGAGCAUAGAAUUUUGGAAAGUGAUGAUCCUCACCACCUUGCUAAGAAAGAUUUUGUGGAUAUUCUCCUCUCUCUUCAAAAAAAUUGCACGCUUGAUUUUCAGCUCACUCCAGACAAACUCAAAGCAGUUUUGAUGGACAUGUUCGUGGGAGGAACAGAUACAACUUCAACUACGAUGGAAUGGUUGAUGGCAGAGCUUAUAAAAGAUCAUAAAGUGAUGAGAAAAGCCCAAGAAGAGGUUAGAAGGAUUGUAGGAAAGAGAUUAAACGUGGAAGCAACCGAUGUUGAUCAAAUGAACUACUUGAAAUGUAUAAUCAAAGAGGCUUUAAGAUUGCACCCUCCUGCUCCUCUAAUGGUUCCAAGAGAAACAUCAGAAAUUGUUGAAUUGGGAGGCUAUGAAAUACCUCCCAAAACAACAGUACAUGUCAAUUUACUUGCCAUUCAAACAGACCCCAAAAUAUGGGACAGGGCCGAAGAGUUUUUACCAGAGAGAUUUGAGAAUAACCCAGUUGAUUUCAAAGGCCAGAACUUCCAAUUCCUCCCAUUUGGUGGUGGGAGAAGAGGUUGUCCGGGCAUGGCAUUUGGGGUUGCCUCAGCAGAAUUUGUGAUUGCGAAUCUCUUAUAUUGGUUUGACUGGAAGUUGCCAGCGCUUGAUGAGGAUUUGGACAUGACUGAAGUUUUUGGACUAACUGUUCAUAAGAAAAUUCCUCUUCGUGUUGCACCAACAUUGUAUUCUCCUUGAUCGUGUUCUUCUUGUUGUUGUAUUAUUAUUAUUAUUAUUAUUAUUAUUAUUAUUAUUAUUAUUAUUAUGUACUCUCUUGUUUAUAUUAUUAUUUUUUUUCCUCAAAUUGAAUAUUAUAAAGCGGGAAUGAUGAAUAAAUAUUACUUUUUUUUGUU